AUGGACAUGUCGGCGAUCGCCGCCCGCCUCGGCCUCUCCGGCUCCCGUCCCUUUGUGCGCAAGGCCGCCGAGCUCCGACGCCUCUGCGACAUCAACUUCGACUCCUCCGUCCUCGGCAUCGUGAGCAUCCCGCACCGCCCCUCGAAUCACCUCCUCUCCCUCGAUCUCUCCGUCGUACGUGUCUCUGAUGCUGGUUUCGCGCAGGGGGAGGUGUGCAAGGCCAUCAUCUGCCUUGAGGUCGCCGCGACCAAGUUUCAGGUGAUGUUUGAUCGGUCAGAGGCGGUGCAGAUGAGUGGGAUGUCGGAGAAGGCAUACAUCAGAUCGUUCAACGCGCUGCAAAAUGGCCUUGGUGUCAAGACGACAUUGGAUGUGCGUGAAUUGGGCAUCCAGUUCGGCUGUGUCAGGCUGAUACCUUUUGUGCAGAAGGGAUUGGUGCUGUACAAGGAGCGUUUCUUGGCUGCAUUGCCUCCUUCUCGGCGAUCAAGCACGGACUUUGGUCGGCCAAUGUUUACUGCAGCAGCAUUCUAUUUAUGUGCAAAGAGGCAUAAGCUCAAAGUUGACAAACUGAAGCUAAUUGACCUGUGUGGUACAUCUAGCUCUGGAUUUACAACGGUUUCGACAUCUAUGGGGGACCUUUGUUUUGAUGUUUUCGGGAUAGCCAAGGAGAAGAAGGAUCCAACCUCCAUCAAAGGAAAUAGAGAACUGCUGGAUGUUUUGCCUAGCAAAAGGAAACAUGAGGAUGACAGCGAUCAUUCCGAUGAAUCAUCAGGGGAUGACAAUGAUGACAAGCUAGAUGUAUGAGCCUGCUUAAUAUGAGUUGCUUUUCAAGUAUUACUUUAAUUGUUAGUUGUGAAAUUCAUGACGUAAACCUACAAGUGUUUUGUAACGCCCACGAUGCGGCUAUAUCUCCCAUGUGUCGA